AUGUCUGCCAAUGUCAGGGCACGACGGCCAGCAUCGCCGCCCCCAGGCAUCCCAACGACAACUUCACAACGAUUUCCACAUCCCAGGGAAGGCCACUUGGACGCGGACGCCCGUAGAGCUGCUGCGUCCAAAGGCUUUGGUCCGGGCCGAACGACGAGUUAUCCACCGGGAGGAUUGAAUGUGACGUCUGGGGAGUGGAAGUUGCUGUUCUUCAUCGUCUUGGUUGCAGCAGGCGUGCGCUUGUUCCGACUGUCCAAGCCCAAUAGCGUUGUCUUUGACGAAGUCCAUUUCGGAAAAUUUGCCUCGAAAUACAUCAAAACGCAGUACUUUGUCGAUGUGCAUCCACCACUCGCCAAGUUGCUGAUAACACUGGCUGCUUUUAUCUUUGGCUAUGAUGGCCAGUUUGAUUUCAAGGACAUUGCAAAGCCAUACGAAAACGUGCCCUACGUCGCCAUGCGAAUGCUACCAGCCAUUCUGGGUGUAGCUACCAUCCCCAUCUCCUAUCUCACCCUCCGCGCCCUCGACUGCCGCGCAACCACCGCUCUCUUAGCCUCUCUCUUCAUCACAUUCGAAAACGGAAUGAUCACUCAAUCCCGUCAUAUCCUCCUAGACUCCCCCCUUAUCUUCUUUACAGCUCUCACCACCUUCCUCUGGGUCGGGUUCUGCAAUGAGGAUAAACAUGAACCGUUUACCGAGUCAUGGUGGACGUGGCUCACCCUUUCUGGGUUAUCUCUUGGUGCAGUGUUGAGCUGCAAGUGGGUCGGGUUGUUCACCAUCGCCACAGUGGGGGUCAGCACGCUAUAUCAACUAUGGAACCUCCUUGGGGAUCUGAGAGUACCACCCAGGCUGUUCGCACGGCACUUCCUAGCCCGCGCACUCUGCCUCAUCGUCGUGCCCAUCUUCUUCUACAUGGCCAUGUUCGAAAUCCAUUUCCUGAUCCUCGAAAACUCGGGUGACGGUGACGGGUUCAUGAGCUCCGAAUUCCAACACACCCUCGGCGGUCGGGGAAUGGCAGACACAUUUGCCGACGUCGCUGUAGGGUCACAGGUCACCAUUCGUCACGUCAACACGCAAGGCGGGUACCUCCAUUCGCAUCCCCACAAUUACCCUGGCGGCAGUCAACAGCAACAGAUCACCCUGUAUCCUCACCGAGACUCCAACAACGACUUUAGGAUCUUCAACGCCACUUUGGAUGGUGACACCCAUUUUGAUUGGGAGAAUUCUCCACUAGAGUACAUCACCCCCGGGAUGCGCAUCAAGCUCCGUCACAUUGCCACGGAGAAACAUGUCCACUCGCAUGAUCACCGUCCUCCGGUGUCCGAUGUCGACUUCCAGAACGAAGUCUCUGCUUAUGGUAUGCCUGGAUUCCAGGGUGACGCUAAUGAUGAUUGGUUCGUGGAGAUUGAGCAUGGGGAUCGCCGGGAUAAGGAGUCGACGAAGCGUUUGAGGACUCUGCGGACGACGUUUAGGUUGAGGCAUGUCCUGACUGGGUGUUACUUGUUCUCUCACAAGGUCAAAUUACCUGAAUGGGGAUUCGAGCAGCAGGAGGUAACGUGCAAUAAGAAUGCUGUCAGGGCCAACUCGUUGUGGUUUAUUGAGACAUCGAGUCAUCCGCAAUUACCCCCCGACGCACCCAAGGUCAACUAUAAGCUACCUGGAUUCCUUGCCAAGUUCUGGGAGCUCCAGAAAGUUAUGUGGACGACGAACGCUGGUCUGACCGAUCGACACGCCUUUGACUCCCGUCCGGAUUCAUGGCCACUUCUUCGUCGUGGUAUUAAUUUUUGGGUGAAAGAACAUCGUCAGAUCUAUCUAAUCGGAAACCCUCUCGUGUGGUAUCUGAGCACCCUAUCCGUGGCUGCAUACAUCUUCGUCCGGGGCUUCCUGAUUUUACGUGCUAAGAGAGGAUUCAGAGACUUUGAUUCCACCAAAGUUGUGAAAUACGACUCGCUUUGUGGUUUCCUCUUCAUUGGCUGGGGCCUGCACUACUUCCCCUUCUUCCUCAUGGGCCGCCAGCUCUUCCUGCAUCACUACUUCCCCGCGCUAUACUUUGCAAUCCUGUUAUCAUGUAGUGUCUUUGACCUCCUCACUUCGACGCUCCGACCUCGCAUGCGGUUACAGAUCGCUGGUGUACUGAUUAUCCUCGCCAUAUGGAACUUCCAGUAUUAUAGCCCUCUCACGUAUGGCAGUCCCUGGACGAGAUCAAAGUGCGAAAAGGCAAAGAUGAUGAAGACGUGGGAUUUCUCUUGUCAUGAUUUCCACACUGAUGUAAGUCACCCAUCUAUCUCAACACGAUAUACAAGGACCAACUGA